GGCCCAGCCAGGGGAAGAGGCUGCUCUUGUUUUGGGGACCCGAGGAAAAGGGAAGCGAGCGCCCCUGCCGGAGAUGGGUCCUGCCGGAGUGGGCCUAAGGGCUGCUGUCCUCUGCCUCGUGGCCUGGGCCGGCCUGGCUGCUGGGGACCGAGUAUACAUCCAUCCCUUCCACCUCCUCGUCUUCAGCAAGAGCAGCUGUGAGCAGCUGGAGAAACCCGGCCCAGAGAUGCCCGAGGAGCCGACCUUCACGCCCGUCCCGAUUCAGGCCAAGACGUCCCCAGUGGAUGAGGAGGCGCUCCAGGAGCAGCUGGCGCUGGCCGCCGGAAAGCUGGAAGAGGAGGACAGGAUGCGGGCGGCUAAAGUGGGCAUGAUGCUCAACUUCCUGGGCUUCCACAUGUACAGGGCGCUGGGCGAGUCCGGGAGCGAGGCCAGCGGGACCGUCCUGUCCCCCACGACUCUCUUCGGCACGCUGGCCUCUCUCUACUUGGGCGCGCUGGACCCCACGGCCGGCAGACUGCAGGCGUUCCUGGGCGUCCCCGGGGAGGACCAGAGCUGUACCUCCCGGCUGGACGGCCACAAGGUGCUAUCCGCCCUGCAGACCAUCCAGGGCCUUCUGGUCGCCGAGGGUGAGGCUGGCAGCCGGUCCGCACUGCUCCUCUCCACGGUGCUGGGCCUGUUCACAGCCCCUGGCCUGCGCCUGAAGCAGCCUUUUGUGCGGGGCCUGGCACCCUUUGCCCCUGUCACCCUCCCACGCUCUCUGGACUUGUCCACAGACCCAGAUCUUGCUGCUGAGAAGAUCGACAGGUUCAUGCAGGCAGUGACAGGGUGGAAAAUGGACAGACCCCUGUCAGGAGUCAGCCCAGACAGCACCCUGCUUUUCAACGCCUAUGUCCACUUCCAAGGACAGCUGAAGGGCUUCUCCCUGCUGGGGGGACUGCAGGAGUUCUGGGUGGACAACGCCACCUCGGUGUCGGUCCCCAUGCUCUCGGGCACGGGCACCUUCCAGCACUGGAGCGACGUCCAGAACCACCUCUCCGUGACCCGGGUGCCCCUCAGCAAGAGCGCCUGCCUGCUGCUGGUCCAGCCCCACGGCACCUCCGGUCUGCAGAAGGUGGAGGCCGUCACCUUCCAGCACAAAUUCCUGACGUGGCUGAAGAACCUGUCUCCCUGGACUAUCCGCCUGACCAUGCCCCAGCUGACACUGCGAGCCUCCUAUGACCUGCGGGACCUGCUGGCCCAGGCCAAGCUGCCCACCCUGCUGGGGGCCGAGGCAAACCUGGGCAAAAUCAGCGAUGACGAUCUCCGAGUCGGAAAGGUGCUGAAUAGCAUCCUUUUGGAACUAAAAGCAGACGAGGGAGAGCAGCCCACAGAGUCUGCCCCGCAGCCGGGUGGGCCCAAGGCCUUGGAGGUGACCUUGAACCGCCCAUUCCUGUUUGCCAUUUAUGAGCAUGACUCCACUGCCCUGCACUUCCUGGGCCGUGUGACCAACCCGCUGAGCGCGGUGUGAGACCCGGCCACCCGCAAACCUGGCAGUCACCGCAAGCAAGGGCAGCGGCCGCAGCAGCGCUGAUCUGUCGCCGUCUUCCACUCUGCCUUCCAGCGAGCCAGCUUCGAGCUGGGAGAAUGCCGUUCCCCUCCCAUCUAACGAGCAGCGGAACCUGUGGGCAGAAGGCUUCCCUGGUUCUUCGGCUUCUCCUGGGCCACGUGGGGGGUACCGGGAACCGGAAUUUAGCACAGGACAACUGUUCAGGAAAAAGUCUGAACAGACCAACUGGGUCAUGAAACCGGAAAUUGUUUCCUUUUUAUCAGAGAACAGGAAUUGGGUUUUACAAUCCCACGGUUUUCCCUGCCCUGAGUGUAGAUCAGCUGGGGAAGCGUGAGCCGCCGAGCCGCCAUCCCCACGAUGCCUUAGCUUUCAUUGGUCCUGGUCUUCUUUCCCAGGAUGCUGUGAUCUUGGAAAAACCCAAGCACCUGAAUUUAUGUUAGAAUGUAAUACCACGGCUAAUUAUCCCUUGUGUUAUUAAUAAAUGUCUUGCAACAAUAAA